CAGAAGUUAAAAAUCAAGAAAGCAUUGAAAAAAUGAAUGGCUUGCUGCGUCUUUAAUUUUGUCAAUUUCUGUGUUAAUUUGUAUUAUUCUCAAUAAUAUUUAUUUGAUUUUAAUGUUUUUAUUGAUUUUUGCUAGUCUGAUAUGUAACUCACACUUGGAUUCAUGUUCUUUAUGACUGUUUUCAAAUAAUGAGAAAAACUUUGGGUCCUUGAAAGUAGGUUGUUCCUAUUAUAACCUAAGUGAAAAUAAAUUUUAUUCCUUAUUCAUGAGGUAAGAAAAACGUUAUAUUUUGAGGUGUUUUUAAGAAAUAAUAUUUUAAACAACUUUGGAUCAAAAAUUCAUGACUUUUAUUUCUAAAAUUAUUGAAAUGUAGAGAAAGUAAUUUGCAUUUGUCUAGUGUAUUACCUACCAUUACUCCAAUGCUUAAGUAGAACCAGAUUAUCAUUUUACAACUUACUCAAGUAACUUAUAGUAAAUCAGUUAUUUUUUCAUCUCAUAAUAAUAAUGGAAUAAGGGAAAUGUAUCAAUAGAGCUUAUGAAUGCUAUUGCAAAUAUAGUAUUGAUGGCAAACCACCUGAUCUGAAGGCUUGAUCAAAGCCUAUUUUGAUUUUUCAUUAUAAAUAACUUGACCAAAUAUUAAUAAAGUCCUUAUUUAUAUUAAAUUUAUGCUAUAAAAUUGGAGUUUUAAAGUUAUUUUAGAAUUUUAUACUUUCCAAGUAAUGAAAUGGUGUGCACUCAUUUUGUAGUCAAAAAGUAAGCUAUUAUAAUGCCCAAGCUACUCAAUUGAACCUUGCUUAUUGCCACAGGCUAUCACAUUUCGAAUUUGAAGCAACUACGGUAUAUAACAAAUUUUGGUUACUUUAAGAUAAGAUUAUUCAUUUUUCAAUCAAUUAGGAUUUUCUAUGAUUCUAGUACAAACUCUGUGUUUUUCUAAUUUAAGAAUUACAAUGUAACAAAGAUUCAGCUUUUAAAUUCUGUUUCAUGACCAAAAACCUCUGGCCAGCAUGUAGGCUACUCAUUAGCUGACCAGAGGAGAAAUUAUUACCGCUGCGUCACCGCUGACCUGUUGAUGCUGGGUAGGCUGUUGGUAGGCCUAAAUGUUGAUUUAGGCCUUGUUCUAAGGACGGCCUCUGGUCCUGCAAGAACUCCUCGAAAGAGUACAGUGGCUUGGAUGUCGUUACAGUCAUGAAGAUUCCUAGGAAGCUAGUAUUCAGGAAACAUGUGUUUUCCAACGACAACAGUAGCACGUCGACAGAUCAAAAUUCAGCAUCAAGUAGUGGCAACAGCAGUAGUGGGAGUAGCGUCAGAAACAAUUAUCGUGGAAAUGUGGGUGUGAGUAGUAGGAAUGUGGUUAGGAACAAUGUGGUGACUGCAGCUAGCAGAGUGGACGCUCCACAGCAAGUGCCGAUCUGUAUGACAAGUGGCAGCUGCAAUGUCAGAUACCCAAUCUGUGAUAAUGUCGGCACCAGUUCGUCUCCAGGAACAUCGUCGCCAUCGUCAUCAACGUCAUCAUCGCCUUCGGUGGAGAGCGAAUUGUCCAGUGCGUCAUCUUAUUACCGAUGGAAGGUAUGCUUGUGCCGAGGAAUUGCAUAAAACAAGCGGGACCUUUCCUCUUGGGACCAACUCUAGGAAGUUCACCUGUAAAAAGUAUAGUUCAAUGUUUGGCCAGAAAGAAAGACUCUGAUAACUUUUACACAUUGAAGAUUUUGACACUGAAAGGAGAGGAUGAAGAGAAUCAGGAUGAUAGACAAGGAAAGAUGCUUCUUCAUACCGAAUACUCUCUCCUUUCAUUGCUCCACGACCAACCCAAUGUUGUUCACCAUCAUGGAUUUUUCAAGGAUUCUGCAUUGGAAGAACGGAUUGGCGCGAACGGUCGCACCGUCUACACGGGCCGAGUGAAACAGCGACUCUGUCUGGUCCUCGACUGUCUGUCAGCUCACGAUUUCUGCCCGAAAAAUGCCAACCUCAUCAAUCUACAGCAUUAUGUCAUCAGAGAAAAGAAACUAUCCUGGCACGAGUCAAAUGUGAUACUUUACAACACAGCCAAGAUAGUGGAAAGUUUACAUAAGAAAAACAUUGUACAUAGAGAUUUAAAGCUGGGCAAUCUAGUGUUGGACCAGCGCACUCACAAAGUUACCAUCACCAAUUUCUGUCUUGGAAAGCAUCUAGGGAGUGAGAGAGAUCUACUCAAAGACCAACGAGGCUCUCCCGCUUACAUAUCACCUGACGUGUUGUGUGGCAGGCCAUAUGUUGGUAAACCGUCAGAUAUGUGGGCUCUAGGUGUUGUCCUCUUCACCAUGCUCUAUGGACAGUUCCCUUUCUAUGACUCUAGUCCCACACAGCUUUUCCAUAAGAUCAAAGCUGCCGACUAUACAAUUCCAAACGAUGGGAGAGUAAGUGAAUCUACAAAAGAUAUAAUUAGAGGACUCCUUGUGUUGGAUCCUGCAAAGCGGCUUACCGCUUCGGAAGUCGUAGAUUCGUUGUCAGCAAUAAUUGCAACCAAUCGCUAUCUCAAUUCUUCGUUGGUGCCAUUACAGGAAGUACCUGAUAUUGAUGAUAAACUGAAGGAGGAUGAAUCGAGUAAUUAGUUGUCACAAUCCAGUUUGAGGCAUCACAAAGUACAAAAUGGAACAAAAUAUCACGUUCUCCACGCAACCAUUAUCAUUCAAAGGUAGGUUAAACUCUAUUAUCAAUUUACUAGAAUUAUGUUGCUCAUGUUGCCAUUUACAGUAGAUAAAAACCAAUUCAUGAAUAAUUCAU